AUGCGCUUUUCAAAGUCUUUUGAGCCACUCGAAAUUUCACUAUCAUCUCCAGUAGUGAAAGGACAACGACCUCUAUUUUCCUCUUUUUCUAACGACCUUGCUCAGUCGUAUUCCUUCUGCGAUCCCUUUGUCGAUCCAGACAUGGAACCUCGUCCAUUGGGUCCCAGGAUCGGGAGCGGCAAUCGUUGCAACCAUGCAUCACCAUGCGUGGAGCCAUUGCAUGUUCUGUCACUUGCAUCCCUCAUGAUAUUGGAUCAAUCGAAUGUGGAUAUUAAACCGGCUUCUAGCGCCAAGCAACAAGAAGACCCCAUUCAGAUGUUGCACACCGUACUGGACCCUACAGUGGAACUUCCGACAACGGUGAGCUGUUCUUCAACCAAGCUACUGCUGGAUUCCCAGCACGGAGAGGACCCAAUGCAAUGGAGGAACGGACGGAAGAAGAAGGUCGAAACUUCCAAUGACCAAAGCGUUGGUCGCUUCAGACCAUACCAAGAUGACCUAUGGGGAAUUCAAUUCAAGAAACUUAUUGAAUUCAAGCUGGAAAAUGGACACAGUAGCGUUCCUCACAACUAUCGUGAAGAUCGUGGUCUUGCUAGAUGGGUCAAGAGACAACGAUACCAGUACAAGCAACUGAAGCACAAUAACCCAGCUUCUACCAUGACAGCUUGUCGCAUUAAAGAGCUUGAAGCAAUUGGCUUUGUGUGGGACUCUCGUGCUGCUGCAUGGCUGGAUAAGCUAAACGACCUCAAGGCUUUCAAGGAAAGAACAGGUCAUUGCAACGUCCCAUGCCACUAUCCCGAGGAUGAACAACUAUCUACAUGGGUCAAAUGUCAAAGACGCCUAUACAAGUCAUAUAUAUUUCGCGAGGCUCACGAAGGACUCCUGUCAAGCGAUUCCAAAUGUUGGAAAGCCUUGGCUUUGUAUUUGAUACUCGAUCCAAGGGUGCACAGAAAAAAUCCUCCUACUCAUCGUGUCUCAUAUAAAAUACCAUACUUCAAUGCUAUCUAG